UUAGUCAAGAUAAGAUUGUGAUUACAGCGGGUGAACCGCGUGGUGAAAGGGAAGACGGAGGGCCAGAGUGCAAAAUACUUUGGAUAAACAUAGCGGAAACCACUGUGCUUUUACAAAUUAUUCUAAUUUCAAAACAUAUAGAAACCAUAGAUAUAAAUGGUGGUGACUAAUCAACAGACAACUGUUUAUUGCUUUUGGUGUACUUUUUUUCGAAAUGUUUUAAUAGCUUUUUUUCUGCCUUUUGCUUCAGUUCCGCCAAAAGCAGCCCCAUUUCUCUGGAAUCCAUUUAUGCAACGCAGUCUUCACAAACGGAAAGGUGGACAAGUACGGUUUUCAAACGACCAAACGGUGGAAUUGGAAAAGAAGUUUGAAAGUCAAAAAUAUCUGUCGCCUCCCGAGAGGAAAAGAUUAGCCAAAGUUUUACAACUGACUGAAAGACAGGUCAAAACCUGGUUUCAAAACAGAAGAGCGAAGUGGCGCCGGCUAAAACAGGACUCCAGUGACAAGUCCGACGACACGCAGCACGAUUCAGGAAUAAUCGCAGACUCUCACACGUCAUCGAGCGAUCAUCCGGGAAGCGACAUCUCAGAUUCAGAAAACGAAGAUGACGAAUCGACCGAAGAGUGCGGCGAAGUCAAAGUUGAUAUUUGUGACGAGAACCCAUCGAAAACUUAAACUCUGGGGAAUGGAGCGCCGUUCUAUCGGUGACCUCCUGGGGCUCAUUUCAGAUCUGAACUUCCGUUAAUAAUCAUCUGCACUUUAUAACGUGUGGACGGCCUGUACCGUUGUAAACAUUGCGCUUGGCAUAUCACACCAGGCGAACAAGCAAAAUUUUAUGUAUGGGAGCAUUAAAAACAGCUAUGAGAAAAAAAACACAGUAUUUUAUUUUUAGCAAAUACUAAAAUUAUUUUGUGUGGUAU